AGAUGUCUAGCCAAUUUCUUGAAAAUGUCCUGUGAAGAAGAUUCCACAACUUCUCUGGGAUAUGACAGGCCUGACUGGACUUGGCCUGUGUCUGGUCCCAUCACAAGCCAACAUAAGUGAUGACUGCUUUCACCAAGCUUGACCAGUGAAUGAAUAAGAACUGCCAUUGCUGCUCAAUGUCUUGCCCUUCCUACUUCACCCCCCGACAGAAGCAGCUCAUUAAGAAGCUAUGGGAAGAGAAAGCCUUUCGGGAGGAAAUCAAGGCCUUUCAAGUGAAGAUCAAGGACUUUCAGGGGAAAAUGAAUGCCUUUCGGGACAAGAUAAGGGCUUUCAGGAUGGCAAUCCAGGCCUUCUGGGAAGAAGAAAAAUCUAUCUGGGAGGAGGACAAUGCCUUUCAGAAGGAAGAAAAGGCUUUUAGGGAAGAAGCAAAAGUCUUCUGGGAUGAGUACAGGGACUUCUGGAAAGGGUAUAAUGCUUUCUGGAAGAAGGACAAGGCUUUCUGGAAGGAGGAUCAAGUACUAUGGGAAAAAGACAAGACCCUCUUGAAAGAGGACCGGGUCCUGUGGGCAGAAGAGAAAGCCCUGUGGGCAGAUGAAAAGAUUCUCCUAGCAGAGGAAAGAGCUUUUUGGGAAGAUGAGGAAGCCCUCAGAGAAGAUGAAAAGGCCCUCCAGGAAGAUGAAAAAACUAUCUGGGAGGGGGCAUUUGGUCCUCUGAGAGAGGAACAGUUACUUGUAGCAGUAGCUAUCAAUACUGCUAGGGGCCACAGUUCAGCAGCCUGUAGAGGAAGAGGAUAAACAAAAUGUAAACCAUUGCCCUAGGCAUAAAAGCAACAUUUGGAAAGUCGUAUACAUUGAGGCAGUAGGUUGUUUAAAUAGU